AUGCUGCAGCCCUGGGCUCUGGCGCUCCCACUUCUGCUCUCCUGGGUGGCAGGUGGAGUAGGGAAGGCAACCAGUCCAAGGGAUCACGAGUUGUUGGCAUCAUCACUCCAGCCUGGUGUCUGUCGCUAUGGAACCAUACUGGCCUGCUGCUAUGGCUGGAGAAGGAGCAGCAAGGGAGUCUGUGAAGCUAUGUGUGAACCUGGGUGCAAGUUCGGUGAGUGUGUGGGACCAAACAAAUGUAGAUGCUUUCCAGGAUACACCGGGAAAACCUGUAGUCAAGAUGUGAAUGAGUGUGGAUUCAAACCCCGGCCGUGCCAACACAGAUGUGUGAAUACACACGGUAGCUACAAGUGCUUUUGCCCCAGCGGCCACAUGCUCCUGCCGGACGCCACAUGUUCCAACUCUAGGACGUGUGCCAUGACCAACUGCCAGUACAGCUGUAAAGACACGGAAGAGGGGCCGCGCUGUCUGUGUCCCUCCCCAGGCCUCCGCUUGGCCCCCAAUGGAAGAGCUUGUCUAGACAUCGAUGAAUGUGUCUCUGAUAAAGCCUUCUGCCCCUACAAUCGAAGAUGUGUGAACACAUUUGGAAGCUACUAUUGCAAAUGUCAUGUUGGUUUUGAACUGAAAUAUAUCAAUGGCUGGUACGACUGUGUAGAUAUAAACGAAUGCGCUGCGAAUACACACACAUGCAGCCUCCAUGCCAAUUGCCUCAAUACCCAGGGAUCCUUCACGUGCAAGUGCAAUCAGGGGUAUAAAGGCAGCGGACUGCAGUGUGCCCUUAUCCCCGAAAAUUCUGUGAAAGAAUUCCUCAGAGCACCCGGUACCAUCAAGGACAGAAUUAAGAAGUUGCUUGCUCACAAGAAUAGCAUGAGAAAGAAGGUAAAAAUGAAAAACAUUGAAGGAUCCAGAGGGACUCCCACCCCAAAGGUUGACUUGGAGCCCUUCAGUUCUGAAGACAAUGUUUCCAGAGAUGAGAACCCUCAUGGAGAAAAAAAGAGGAAUGAACACAGAAAGAAAGAAAAACUGGAGGAUGAGAAAAGAGAUGAGAACCAUGUGGAGCAGGAGCAAAGCCUUCGUGGAGAUGUGUUUUCCCCUAAGGUGAAUGAAGCGGGUGAAGCUGAUCUGGUUCUGGUCCAAAGAAAAACUACAUCAUCCCACCUGAAACACAAAGUUGACUGCACCUUUGACCAUGGCGUCUGUGACUGGAAACAGGACGUAGAAGAUGAUUUCGACUGGAAUCCUGCGGACCGAGAUAAUGCUGUUGGCUACUAUAUGGCUGUUUCGGCCCUGACAGGUCAGAAGAAGGACAUCGGCCGUUUGAAACUUCUCCUCCCCAACCUGCAACCCCACAGCAACUUCUGUUUGCUCUUUCAUUACCGGCUGGCUGGAAACAAAGUAGGGAAGCUUAGAGUGUUUGCAAAAAAUAGUAACAGUGCCCUGGCCUGGGAGAAAACCAGGAGCACCGAUGAACGGUGGAAGAUGGGGAAAAUUCAGCUGUAUCAUGGAACUGAUACUCCCAAAAGCAUCAUUUUUGAAGCUGAACGUGGCAAGGGCAAGACUGGAGAAAUUGCAGUGGACGGUGUCUUGCUGGUUUCAGGCUUAUGUCCAGAUGGCCUUUUAUCUGUGGAUGGUUGA